CCGAAUCACAUCACAAAUGGCUGCUUCCAAGUCUGGCAUCGCUGUUGGUCUCAACAAGGGACACAUCGUCACCCGUCGUGAGCUCAAGCCUACCGUUUCCUACCGCAAGGGUGCCGCCUCCAAGCGUACUACCUUUGUCAAGAGCAUCGUCCGUGAAGUUGCUGGCUUUGCUCCUUAUGAACGUCGUGUCAUGGAAUUGAUCAAGAACUCCAAGGAUAAGCGUGCCAAGAAGCUUACCAAGAAGAGACUCGGAACUUUCCUCCGUGCCAAGAAGAAGAUUGAUGAGCUCCAAGCUGUCAUUGCCGAGUCUCGCCGUCAUUAAAACGUUGAUUCGUUCUGCAUAGCUUGUAAUUUCGUUUUUUUCUUUUCAAAAGUAAAUCAUUAAGAGAAACGAACCAGGACAAUGGGUAAACAUACCCGAUUAUGCCCCCUUUUUUUUCUUGUAUUGUUGACGAUGAUAAGCGGACCAUGAGGAUGUUCAGAAAAUUUCAUCAAUCUCAGGCAGUAAAUUUGCCUUAUUUGGAGUACGG